CGACACGUUUCUUUCCUUUCCCUUCCCACCAAGUUGGAUUCUUUCUUUAUUCAUUUCCAUAUUUUCCUCUCAACCCUUUCUUGUCCGCCUUUUUUUCUACCAUUUACUACAACAAACCCUACAACAAGGCGCGUCUUUCUCUCUCUUCGUUACUGCUUCGUUUCAUAUCAAAACGGUUAAUCGCUUUCAUCUUUCAGAAUUUAAAAUUUUCUGCGUUAGAAAUGCGAAAUUUUACGUUAUACGAGAGAUUUUCUAGAGCUUUCCAUGAUUAUCCUAAACUUUCUAAGUUGAUUAUCAUAUCCACCAUCAGUGGUGGUGGCCUUAUCGCUUAUUCUGAGGCGAAUGCAUAUAAAGAUGCUCCAAAUGCAACGGGAAUCAAGAAAAAGAAGGUGGUGGUACUCGGAACUGGUUGGGCGGGAACCAGUUUCUUGAAGAGUCUCAACAGUCCCUCAUACGAUGUUCAAGUGAUAUCGCCUCGUAAUUACUUUGCAUUCACCCCGUUACUGCCCAGUGUUACAUGUGGUACUGUGGAAGCUCGCAGCAUUGUUGAACCAGUUCGUAACAUAGUCAAGAAGAAAAAUGUUAACGUCACUUUCUGGGAGGCUGAAUGUUUCAAGAUUGACGCACAAAAUAAGAAAGUUUAUUGUCGAUCUAACCAAAACACCAACUUGAAUGGAAAUAAAGAAUUUGCUGUGGACUAUGAUUACCUUGUAAUAGCAAUGGGAGCUCGUCCUAACACAUUCAAUACGCCUGGUGUUGAGGAGAAUUGCCAUUUCUUGAAGGAAGUUGAAGAUGCUCAGAGAAUCCGCAGGCAUGUUAUAGAUAACUUUGAGAAAGCAAGCCAUCCUGGUCUAAGUGAUGAAGAGAGGAUGAGGAUUCUUCAUUUUGUGGUAGUUGGUGGUGGACCAGCUGGGGUGGAGUUUGCUGCAGAGCUUCAUGAUUUUGUAACUGAGGAUUUGAUGAAGCUAUAUCCAUCGGUCAAAGAAUCAGUUAAAAUAACCCUUCUGGAGGCAGCAGAUCAUAUUCUUAACAUGUUUGACAAAAGAAUCACUGCUUUUGCUGAAGACAAGUUCCAAAGAGAUGGAAUUGAUGUGAAACUAGGAUCCAUGGUUGUUAAAGUAACUGAUAAAGAAAUUUCUGCCAAAGAAAGAGGAAAGGGGGAGACCACUUCCAUGCCAUUUGGAAUGAUUGUCUGGUCGACAGGCAUUGGACCUCAUCCUAUGAUAAAGGAAUUUAUGAAGACUGUUGGUCAGACAAAUAGGCGUGCUUUGGCAACUGAUGAAUGGCUGCGAGUUGAGGGAUGUGAUAAUGUUUAUGCACUGGGUGAUUGUGCAACAAUUAACCAGCGCAAAGUGAUGGAAGAUAUUGCAGCAAUAUUUAGGAAGGCAGAUAAGGACAAAUCUGGAACUCUCACAGUCAGAGAAUUCCAAGAGGCCAUCGACGACAUUUGUGAAAGAUACCCUCAAGUAGAGCUUUACUUGAAGAACAAGAAGAUGAGGAAUAUUGCUGAUUUGUUGAUGAAUGCCAAAGGGGAUGUUGCCAAAGAGGCUAUUGAACUGAAUAUCGAAGAAUUCAAAAAGGCUCUUUCCGAAGUGGAUAGUCAGAUGAAAAAUCUCCCAGCAACAGCGCAGGUCGCAGCUCAGCAAGGUCAAUAUCUUGCCAAGUGUUUUAACCGUAUGGAAGAGUGUGAAAAAAAUCCAGAAGGACCUCUCAGGUUCAGGGAAUCAGGCCGCCAUCGGUUUCAACCAUUUAGGUAUAGGCAUUUAGGACAAUUUGCUCCGUUGGGAGGGGAACAAACUGCAGCUCAGCUUCCUGGGGAUUGGGUUUCUAUAGGCCAGAGUACCCAGUGGCUUUGGUAUUCAGUCUAUGCAAGCAAGCUUGUGAGCUGGCGCACGAGGACACUGGUGAUCUCCGACUGGAUGAGGCGUUUUGUUUUCGGAAGGGAUUCAAGUGGCAUAUGAGGCAGCAACAGUUACUGCUCCAAGAGCUCCUGAUGGGUAGAGUCAAAGCAUGUUUUGUCAAUCACACAUACUAGUUGGACAAAUAGUAUUUUUUAAUUGUUAAAUAAUUCACAGUUCCGGCCCCCGCUGUAGUUUUCCAAUUUACAGAACUUGUGGGCUCAAUUGGUUCUAGUUCCUUUUUACUUGAGGUGCCACAUCGUUUUGCACCCGAAAUUUAAUAUUAUAUAUGAUGGGGUCAUCAUAAUUUAUCA